AUGGGCCCGUGCCUCUCCCAACCCGCGGACACCGCCGCGGCGGACCAGAAGCGGACGAUCAUCAUCCUCUUCGGCCCUCCCGGGGCGGGGAAGGGCACGCACGCGCCGAAGAUGGUAAACCUGCUGAAGACGCCGCAGCUCAGCACCGGGGACAUGCUUCGCGCCGCGGUCGCGGCCGGGACGAGGGUGGGGAAGCUCGCGAAGGACGCGAUGGACUCCGGCGCGCUCGUGACGGACGACAUCGUCGUCGACAUCAUCGAGGAGAGGAUCAAGGACGCCGACUGCGAGAACGGCUUCAUCCUCGACGGCUUCCCGAGGACGGUGAAGCAGGCGGAGAUGCUCGACGAGAUGCUCCAUCAGAACCAGGAGAAGGUGAACCGCGUCAUCUCCCUGGAGGUCCCGGACGGCGUCCUCACCGAGCGCGUCUGCGGGAGGUGGGUGCACAAGAACUCCGGGAGGUCGUACCACGUCGAGUUUAACCCGCCGAAGAGCCUAGGCGAUCAAACGCCGUCGACGGCGACGAUGUUGGACGACGAGACGAACGAGCCGCUGAUGCAGCGCGGCGACGACACGGAGGAGGCGCUCGUGUCGCGUCUGCGCGCGUACCACUCGCAGACCGUGCCGGUGAUGAAGCACUACUCGAAGGUGGUGAGCGCUAUCGACGCGAACAGGGGGAUGGUUGAGAUUUGGGCGGACGUCGAGAAGGAGUGCAAAAAGUUCGCCGCCGCCGCGUGA